UGAGAUUUUCUGAUUCCAGAGGGAUAAACACCAACAAAAUGCAAAGUGAAAGAGACACUAGAGAUGGUGUUUCUCGAUCACAUGGAUUGUUUGAUAGUUUCCAGGGAUUUGGGUCCAGAAGAAGCAUGUUCCCUAGCCUUUUUGGUGGAAGGGAUCCAUUUGGUGAUCCGUUCUUCAGUCGCCCGAUUGGUAGCAUCUUCGAGUCUAGUAUGUUCAGUCCAAGUUCCGUUUCUAGUGAUACACCGGGGAGUGGUAGAGACAACAAAAUAUCAGUUUCAGGCAAAGAACCAUCUAUUGACCAUCCAGAUGAUGUUGUGGACGCAGAGAGGAAAGGCAAGGAUGUGACGUAUAGAAAUGACCGCAACAAUGUGGAAGGCGCACAGUCUCAGGGCCAUAAUUUCUCUGUUCAGACUUGCAGAGUCACAUGUGGUGAUGUAGAUGGAGCGUAUUACACUUCUACAAGAACUAGAAGGGCAGGCGGUGAUGGCGUAGCGCUUGAGGAGACCAAAGAAGCAGAUAAGACAACUGGUCAAGCAACACGUAGGGUUUCGAGAGGACUUCAUGACAAGGGCCAUUCUGUUACAAGGAAGCUUACGUCAGAUGGAAGGGUGGAUGUGUUGCAAACUUUACACAAUUUAAAUGAAGAUGAGCUUCCUGGUUUUGAAGUAGCAUGGAAUGGUAAUGUUGAAGGUCACUUGCCUAGCUGGAAACAUGAGUUUGAUAUGCAUGGUUCCGGUAGCAGAGAACAGAUGGGAAAUGCGUUUUUGGCAGGGGCUUCUUCCACCUUCAGAGCAAACGCAAAGCACCAGAGGAAUGGGAUCAGAUAACGCUGCGCGGAUUACCUCUGACGGGAGGACCAAAAGGGUUGUCAGAAUCAACAUAGACUAAACCAUGGUAGAUGUCUACGUAUGCAGAUAGUAGUUUUACAUGUUCUUCCCAAGUGUCCUGAGAAUACUUGGUCCUCCCAUUCGUCUGAGUAACUUUCGAGCUGUCCAUUUGUCGGACAACCAGUAGUCGUGUUUGUACCCCGCUGUGUACAAGAUUCAGAGAUUUCUGCCAUGAUCAAUAGAACUUGUAAAUCUCUCAGUAUUCUUAAAUUAUAAAUGUUGAUCGAGUCAAUACUCCAA